AGAGCUCCUCCAUCAGCUAAGUUCACAGAGUGAGAGCCCACAGCAACAUGCUGCCACCACCAUGCCAGGCUCCUCCCCGUCAUAGCAGAAGCAGCUUUACCAGUGAACUGGUUUCACUGGGCCGUCUCUGGAGGUUCAGUUCAUGGCAGGCUGACCAGUUUCCUCUCUUUUGGGUCUUCUCCUCGAUUCUGAACACAAACUGAUUCUCAGCGAACCUGGACUCUUAGACGGAGUCUUAUUUUGAAGGCUCGCCCAGCCGCUUCCUGUUUGGUCGGUAAUAUUCGGUUCUGGUUCGGCUGUCGGUGCUUUCAGGAUCAAAAUGACCAAACUGCAGCUGCUCAGCGCCUACCUGACGGAGCGGCUCACCGCCGUGGUGAAGGAGGUUCUGGACGUGGUGGAGGACACGGUGGCCCAGUACCGGGAGGAGACGGCCAGAACCCGGCGGGAGAACGAGAGCCUGCGGAGGCAGCUGCGGGACAUCCUGCUGCUGGAGGCCGAGACCGAGUGGCUGAGGUCGACCCAGGCCGGUUUGGGGUUCGUACCUGCAGAGCAGCAGCCUGGUGACCUGAAACCCAGAGCCCUCCUAGAGGAGCCAGACUCCACCCUGACCCAGUCCAGACCUCCUCCGGCUUCAGUCCAACUUCUGUCGGUUCCGAAAGAAGCGCCAUUGGCACCGACUCUGGUCCGGCCCGCAGAACUCUGGGAUCAGACACCGAAACUCGACCCGCUGCCGGAGGCGUUCCGGAGGACGACUCCUCUCCUGGCUCAUCUGCCCCUGAAUCCUCCCAGGAUCCAUGCUGACGGGCCGGCGCCGAGGGAGGAGCCACAGGCCCCGGCCCCGGCACGGGUCAAAGCCGAACCCGAAGAAGCAAGCAAAGAGCACAAAGCUGAGUCUGUGAACGCUCAUGUUGAGUCGGGCUUUGACUACACGUCUGAGGAAGAGCAGCUGCCGGCGGAUCAGCAGGACGCCUCCAGAACCGGGCCGUCCUCUCAGGAGACCCGGCCGCCUGAAGACGCUGCGGUCACGGCGCUCAUCCCUGAGCUCGUACACCGCUGCCCCCGCUGCGGCGAGGCGUUCAGUCACAGCGCGGGGCUCCGCCUCCAUCUGGAGCAGAAGAGGAAGACCUACGCCUGCGACUGGUGCUGCAAGUCCUUCGCCCAGUCGGCCGAUCUGCGGCGCCACCUGCGCACGCACACGGGCGAGCGGCCGCACCGCUGCACCUUCUGCUCCAAGAGCUUCAGCCAGAGAGGGAACCUGCGGCGACACCUGCGGAUCCACACCGGCGAGCGUCCGUACAGCUGCCCGUUCUGCUGCCGCACCUUCAGCGACGGAGACACCAUGAAGAAGCACAAACGGACACACUCCGGAGAGAAACCGUACCGCUGCGGACGCUGCGCCAAGACCUUCACCAGCGCCAGCGGCCUGCAGCUGCACCUCAGGAGGGACCUGUGCUACGGAGCCAGCGCCUGAACGGAUGGACUGAGGGGCGGCGGAGUCACUCAGAACCUCUAGGAGCAGAACCUUCUGGAUGGAGUCACUCAGAACCUCUAGGACCAGAAC